AUGAAUAAUUUAGCUCCAUUUGGAGCUAAGUUUACUGUUCUUACUGAAUAUGAUUAUCCUCAUACUGACGAAGAUGUCCAAUUAUAUGCCUCCAGCUUGGGUAUCGAUGCCGAAACAGAGCCUGAACUACUUUGGAUCGCUAGGGAAGGUCUCGUAGCUCAUCUCCCCGAAGGUUGGGAAAUAAUUCAA